AUGAGCGACCUGUAUGACGAAUUCGGGAACUUCAUCGGAGAGCCCGAGGAGGAGAGUCAGGAAGAGGAUAACGGGGCAUAUGAUGGCGCACAAUACUUGGACGACGAUGAGGAAGAGGCGGCGGCCGGCGCGCCUUCAGGCCAGGAAUUGAUGGACAUUGAUGAUGACGCUCCCUCCAAUGCCGUCGUCCUCCACGAAGACAAGCAAUACUAUCCCUCGGCAUCACAAAUCUACGGUCCGGAUGUCGAGACGUUGGUGCAGGAAGAGGAUACCCAGACCCUCCAACAACCCAUUGUCGCGCCGGUGGAGCGCAAGAAAUUCACGGUCGAGGAGGAGAAUCUCCCCCAAGUCUACUUCGAUCGCACCUUCCUCACRGACCUGAUGAGCUUUCCCGCCCAGAUACGAAACAUUGCGCUCUGUGGACAUUUACAUCAUGGAAAGACGAGCAUCAUGGAUAUGCUGGUCACCCAGACACACGACAUUUCAUCCUACAUGGAGGGAAAGACUGGCAAGGCGCGGGAUGAGCACAUGCGAUACACGGACACGCACCUUCUUGAGCGGGAACGAGGAUUGUCGGUCAAGUCGAGUCCCAUGAGCUUGCUCUUGCAGGGAACCAAGGGAAAGAGCCAUCUCAUCAACAUCAUCGACACGCCGGGACAUGUCAACUUCGCGGAUGAAGUCGCUGCUUCCUUACGACUGGUGGAUGGUGUGGUGCUGGUGGUGGAUGUGGUGGAAGGCGUGCAAGUCACGACGGAAUUGGCCAUCAAGCAUGCCGUUCUUGCCGGCCUCCCUCUGGUGCUUUUGAUCAACAAGGUCGACCGAUUGAUGCUGGAAUUGAAGCUUCCUCCAAACGAUGCAUACUUUAAGCUCAAGCAUGUCGUCGAGGAGGUCAACACAUAUAUCGAGAACACCAUUCCGGGGAGAGGCGAGAAAUACCGCGUCAGUCCGGAAAAGGGAAAUGUCGCGUUCGCGUGUAGCAGUAUGGAAUGGUGCUUCACUCUUCCAUCAUUUGCCUUCAUGUAUGCCGAGAGCUACCCCAAUGCAGACUUUGACUCGACCGAGUUCAGCCGGAGAUUGUGGGGAGACGUCUACUUCAACCCGAGAUCACGAAAGUUCACCCGCAAGGCCAUUGAAGACGGUGCGAAGAGGAGUUUUGUCCAUUUCGUGCUGGAGCCCAUUUACAAGCUCUACUCACACACCAUCUCGGAAUCGCCCGAUGUCUUGAAGAAGACGCUCCAAAGCUUACACAUCAGUCUCAAACCGAGUCAACUCCGAGCGAAUGCCAAGGAUUUGUUGAAGAUGGUAUGCGAGCAGUUCUUCGGUCCCGCGACCGGUUUUGUGGACAUGGUCGUUCAGCACAUUCCAUCACCGGUGGAGGGUGCCAAGCAAAAGUUGGACAAGUACUACACCGGACCGACGACGGAUUCAAAGACUGCCGAAUCCAUGCUGGCAUGUGAUCCAGAAGGACCGCUGGUGGUGCACAUCACAAAGCUGUUCAGCACACAGGACGCACAAGGUUUCCACAGCUUCGGUAGAGUGAUGAGCGGAACUGCGAGACCCGGCCAGCAAGUCAGAGUGCUGGGAGAGGGUUAUAGCAUUGAUGAUGAGGAAGACAUGGUCAAUGCAACGAUUGAGAGUGUCUCCAUCGCGGAGAGCAGAUACAAUGUGCCCGUGUCGGGGAUCCCAGCCGGUAACUUUGUGCUGCUCGGCGGAGUGGACAACUCCAUCAUGAAGACUGCAACCAUCGUCUCGCCCAAACUCCCCGACAAUGAAGACGCAUACAUCUUCAAGCCGAUUGCUCACUUCUUCGAAAGCGUCUUCAAAGUCGCAGUGGAGCCCAUCAACCCCUCGGAACUGCCCAAAAUGCUGGACGGGCUUCGAAAGAUUAACAAGUUAUACCCUCUCAUCACAACAAAAGUGGAGGAAAGUGGUGAGCACGUUGUCCUCGGAACGGGAGAAUUCUACAUGGACUGCGUGCUACACGACCUCCGAAGAUUGUACGCACAAAUGGAGAUCAAAGUCUCCGAUCCUGUCACGAGGUUCUGUGAGACUUGUGUGGACCAGAGUGCCAUGAAGUGUUAUGCACUGACGCCCAACAAGAAGAACAAGCUCACCUUCAUCGCAGAGCCUCUCGAUGACGGCAUCGCUCAGGAUAUCGAAAGCGGACGGGUCUCCAUCAAAGAUCCCGUCCGCAAGGUGGGAAAGUUCUUUGAAGACAACUAUGGCUAUGACAUACUGGCCGGCCGUAACAUCUGGGCUUUUGGUCCGGAUGAUUCCUCUCCGAAUAUCCUACAAAAUGAUACGCUGCCUUCGGAUGUGGAUCAAAAAUUAUUGCGGAGUGUCAAGGAUACAAUCCGGCAGGGUUUUGCUUGGGGAACGAGAGAGGGACCGCUUUGUGAAGAGCCGAUACGGAAUGUCAAGUUUAAGAUUACCGAUGUGGAACUUGCAAAUGAGGCGAUUUUCCGAGGUGGUGGACAGAUCAUCCCAACGGCGAGACGAGCAUGCUACUCCUCCUUCCUCAUGGCCGGGCCGAGACUGAUGGAGCCCGUAUACCAAGUACAAAUGCUGGGCAACGCGAGCAGUGUCUCGGCGCUAUACACCGUUCUGGCGCGGAGGAGAGGACACGUCCUCAGCGACGCCCCUGUGCCGGGGACCCCUCUGUACUCGGUUAAAGGCCUGAUCCCCACCAUCGACUCGUUUGGUUUCGAGACCGAUCUGAGAAUCCACACUCAAGGCCAAGCGACGGUCAGUCUGGUCUUUGACCGCUGGUCCAUUGUCCCAGGCGAUCCGCUGGAUAAGAGCAUCAAGUUACGACCGCUGGAGCCCGCGAGUGCGCAGGCUACGGCGAGGGAUUUUGUGCUCAAGACUAGAAGGCGGAAGGGGCUGAGCGAGGAUGUUACGGUGAGUAAGUAUGUGGAGCCGGAAAUUAUGCGGCAGUUGCGGGAGACGGGAAUGUUGGAUUGA